AUGGCGUCGCUCGGCUGGGUCUAUCCAUCUCAUGGACCGUCUGGAAGCACCCUGGCAAAUUUGCCGUCCAACCUCGGAUCCAGACAGGCCGCGCGCCCGCCCAGUGGAGGAGAGCAUGCGACGAGCGCGGCCCUGGCCGCAGCCGCGGUCUGCGCCGCCGCGCGGGCUUCCCGGCGGCCCAGGGGCCUGUGUCGAGCCACCACAGUGGAGGCUGAGUCAACCACGGGCCUUGCUCCUUGGGAGAUCGAGGAGGAGACCGAGGACGAACGACAAGCGCGCUAUGCGCGCGAAGCAGAUGAGAUGAAGCUGAAGUGGGACGCGAGGCGCUUGGAGGAGAAGUACUCGGCGCAAAGGAGGCAAGCCUGGUCGCAGAAGGAGCAGGAGCGCGCCUCUCUCUACGGGCCGCGCGAUCCGAUCAUGGAAGCCUAUGAGGCUCGGAUGUACGAAGAGGCCCGCGUCAUUGAGAUCCGACGGCGACAGCGGGAAGUCUACGAGCGCAUCAAGGCCUCCAAGGAGGGGCGUCCGCUGCCUCCCAAAGGCACGCCAUAUGUGGUGCUGAAGCCGUCGCCCACGGAGCCACCGAGCCCUGAUGAGUUCGACACGUCGGGCCACUACAAGCCUGAGGAGGACAUUGAGGCGAGAAAGUAUAAAGCGCCGGCCACGUAUGUUUCGCCCACCGGCCCGGCCCCACCGCCCCGGCACCAGCGCGGGAACCCGCGGGCGGCGUGGGAGACGCCGCAGUACGCGCCGGCUCGCCCAGGAGGGCCGCCGCCCAAGCAAUGGCCUGAGCCUGGCUCGCUGCCCGCGGAUACG